GGUAAAAUACAUGUCCACCUCUCCGCCUCUGCCACAAUGACAAAUGCAGCAUGUUUUUAUCAGAAGCAGAUCUCCUGUGUGUGUAAUUGUUAAUGGUCGCUCUGUGUUGACGGUAAGCGCGAAGCGGAAUGGCUUUAAUGGAGAAACCGGCCUCCGGGAAGCUCCUGCUGGACGACACGGUGUCGCUGACGGCGGUAAUCGAAGCGAGUCAGAAUUUACAAUCUCAUACGGAAUACAUCAUCCGUGUGCAGAGGGGAGUCUCUACAGAAAACAGCUGGACGGUGAUCCGGAGAUACAGUGACUUCGACAUGCUUAAUAAUAGUCUGCUGAUCUCGGGCCUGAACCUGCCUCUUCCUCCUAAGAAGUUACUUGGGAACAUGGACCGCGAGUUCAUAGCAGAGAGGCAAAAAGGUCUACAGGCGUAUUUAAACUUUCUCACACUGCAUCACAUCCUCUCCAGCUGUGAACUUGUCAAAAAAUUCCUAGACACCAACAAUUAUUCUGCAAACUACACAGAAAUCGCCUUACAGCAAGUGUCCAUGUACUUCAGAUCAGACCUGAUAUGGGAAGUGGUUGAGCCUUUAAAAGACAUCGGUUGGAGAUUACGAAAGAGAUACUUCUUAGUUAAAAACAAAGAGCAGCCCAAGGAACGACAAGUCUUAAGCUGGGUUGAUUUUGGUCCUGAUAAGUUCUUAUCAGACAAAGAUCUGCAAUCCAUGAUGAAGCUGCUCCCAUCCCUCUCUCAUCCAUACAUCUGUCCAGUCACCUACGCUUCUACUAUCGAGUCCUCGUCAGUAGUGAUCAGAAUUUUUAAUGAGAAGGGCACACUUAGGGAUCAUAUUUGCAAGGUGAAGCCAAAAGAAGCAUUCCUGAAGAAGUACUGCAACCCCAAAAAGAUCCAAGGUCUGGAGCUACAACAGAUCAGGACAUAUGGGAGGCAGAUUUUGGAGGCCUUAAAAUUCCUGCAUGAUAAGAGUUUUCCAUAUGGGCAUCUCCAUGCUUCAAAUGUUAUAAUUGAAGACAACACAUGCAAACUUCUGGACAUUGAGAACUCCAUCCUAGGACUUCCCUCUUACUACCGUCCUUAUGUCACCCAGUUCCGGAAAAUUAAUACCACAGAAAGCAUUGAUGUCUACUCAUUUGGGCAUUUGUUGUAUGAAAUGACGUACGGCAGGCCCCCCGAUGCCGUUCCUGUGGAUCAGUUUCCCUCUGUGCCCUACACUUCAGUCGUCUCUGUCCUACAGUCCAUCCUGUCCACCGAAGCAUGUAAAGCAGGGAUGCCCACAGUUUCUCAGCUCUUACAAACACCUCUAUUCAGUGAUGUGCUGCUGUUCAACACGGAGAAAGCUCAGUUCAAGAACUCCUCCAAACUGAAAGAGGCCAUGAAGUUGUCCAAAGAGUGUUUGGAAAAGCGCCUCCAAGAGGAACAAAGAGCGGUUCAGCAGCACAGGAGGUUGACACGUGCACAGUCCCAUCACGGCUCUGAAGAGGAGAAAAGGAAGAGGAAGAUCCUUGCCAGAAAGAAAUCCAGACAGUCUACUUAUGAAAAUGAGGAGGACUUUUCUGUCAAAUAUAACAACAACUCUGGUUCAGGAGCGAGUUCUCCACCUACUUGUCCUUCUUCUCCUACUCCUCCACCUGCACCAGGUGUUCAGUCAGUGACCCUUCCACCACCUCCACCGCCUCCUCCACCUUCUUUAGGGAUCGAGUCAAGCCCUCCAGCCCUCCACCCUCCUUCCGUUAAUGGCAAGGGCCGAAGCGCCCUUCUGAGCUCCAUUCAGACCUUCAGCAAAGGCCGGCUGAAAAAAGCAGAGAUCAACGAUCGAAGCAAUCCACACAUCUGAGCAACAGUCUUUAGACUGCUUAGUUCUUACCAUGUGCAAUUUGUCCUUGGCUCUCUUAUCCGAGGCGUGAAUCUGAAUCUUCAGGAGUGCAGUGAUAUUUUACAACUGGACUGCAACUGAAAUAUUUUACUUUCAACUUGGCUGCAGAUCAGCAGUGAUGAGGCUAAAGUGUGGGCUCUCUGUGCUGCUAUACAGUAUAUGAUCUUGGAAACUACAUUUUAGCUGACAAGAUAGGUUUAUGAAUUGGACUUGCAUAUUUGUGGUAAAUAAUCAUACCCACCCUACAACGAUGUUUCUGACCCUCUUAAAAACAGCUUCCAGGUUCGGCGUUUUCAAACCAGUUAGAAGAAUUUAGGUUGGGAAAGACAUUUUUAAUGCUUUGACUUUGGGUUUUACUUAAAACAUUGUGUAGGUUUUGUCCUUUUUUAUUUGUUGCAUAAUAUUAUAGUACAUUCAGAUUAUUGGAAUUGCAGUAAUCGAAAGAUGAUGAAGAACUCCGUGAUUGAGAAAAGGCUAUUUUAACAUUCGUGAUAACAAGGAUGUUUGCUAAACCAACCAUUUUUUAAAGCCAAGGCAGCAAAAUUGCCCUUGAUGUUUGGGAGGAAGGGAAGAAGGGAUGGAUGGCAUAUUCCCCAUCUCCUCUAUUAAUCAGAGCGACACUAGCCAAUUAUAGGUGUAUGUGAGCUCAUUUAUGCAGAACAGUGUAGGAACCGCUUUCCUCUAAGUGCGCUGUGAUGUUGAGCAAAUGCGGUACUGUAGCUGAUAUCAUUUGUCUUGGAGAAAGCAUGUCUAACAUCAUCCUCCCAAGGUGAUCACUGUUGUCCUAUUGAUGAGAACUAGGUAUUAAUUAAGAAUCUGCAAAAUAUUACCUUGGGAGAAAAUGGUUAAUAAUAUUUUAAAGACAUAGAAUAACUUUGAUUUGCCAUGACUCUUAUUAAUAAGUGAAAGAGUAGACCCAAACCAUGCCAGCAAAUUGCUUCCAACAGCAUGUUUUUUUUAUUUUAUUUGUCUUUUUAUAAGUCUUAACUCGGAAUUACUGUAUUGUAGCCUGAAAUGAUGUGAAGACACUCAGACAGUGAUUUAAAAAAAAACAAAAAAUGAAAGGAAUAGUAUUUAAAAAAAAAAAAGCAUGUUAGGGUUUGUGCCACAUUUUAACCUUUGUGCCUAUAAAAAACAAUUGCUAGACAUCCCAUUGCCAGAUUUAGGAGCUGUGUGUUUCAUUUUUAUCUUAGCAGCAGUGUAAGUUUUACACAGUGGUCCAUUGUAACCAGUGCUAUAUAAAAUGAAUAAAUAUUGAAUUUAAAAUAGUACAUAUUCCAUUUGAAAUAAACACUAACGCUGAACCCAUGCACUGAAAUAGGGUUAAUCCUCAUAAUAUAUAGCGUGGAUUAACUGUCAGAUUUGUUGACCAGGUAAAGGAGUUGUAACCAUUCCAAAAAGAUUCAUAACAUCUAAGAAGUAAUGGAAGUCUGUCUAAUCCAAAAAUAUUUCCCAUAAAUAUCUCCACACAGUUAUUAAGACUUAAUAACGCAGGAACAGAAAAUAUUAUUCUUUUAUUUCAAGAUAACCUGGUAAUUUGUUACAUUCAGGUAGCCCAGAGCUUUGUACAGUGCAUGAUGGGUGCAUCGCUUCAUCCCCUUAUCUUCUUACAUUGAUGCGUUCAUCGCUCUGGAACAGGGUUAGUCUGGAAUCAUUAGACCACAUGGCCUUUAUCCAUUGCUCCAAAUUCAAAUCUUUAUCCUCUCUUUUUUGAUAAGUCUCAUCAAUAAGUGGUUUUCUUAUGGCCACAUAGCUAUUUAGUCAUAAUUCUGUGUACCUGUCGCAUUGUGCUCUUACUUUUACUAAUUAACAUAGCGGUAAUUUCUACUGCUGUUUUUUUUUUUUUUUUUUUUUUACUGUGCAACUUUACCAAAUGUUUAAGUAAUCACUAUUCAUGAUUUUUAACCAAAUUUCAGUCAUUUAAAAUCUCUGGAGUUGUCUUUUUUCCUUGAUGUCGGUCAAUAAUUUGACCAUUUUGAAACAAUGACACUUUUUGGUCAGGGUGUCAUAUACCUACAGGAGUGGACAGGAUUGAUAAAAUGUUGUUCAAUCUUCAUGCGGGAGCAGGAAUUAAUCGAGCCGAAAGUCUUGGAGGUGAAGAAAACUGUGUGGAGUGGUCAGAAUUUCUUUGGGAGCAAGUCGAAGCACAAGUACAGUACCUCUUUUGGACAAACAAAAAAAAUAUUUGGGUUCUUAUCAUACCUGAUCCAAAAAGUCCUGAGCCAAAAAUCCAGGAGGUGGAGACAACUUGGUGUGUGUCAAUAUGGAUUUGUUGUUUCAUCUUGUUAACCAUCAUGUUGGUUAGGGUUAGGAUAUGGCGUGUAGAAGGCAUUAGUCAGAUGCAGCACCACCUCUUGGACUUUUGAGUAUGCAGCCAAAACUGGCUUACCAGAAGCAGCAUUUAAAACUUAUCUAAUGUGUAGCAAAUCCAUCAAGAACUAAACUACGAUAUGAAAAGUAUUUGCGGUGAAAUUGACUUCUGUUAUGUAUUUAAUUUGUAAUUUGCAUCAUCCUUGUAGCCUCAGUGCAAAAGUAUUGAAUCAAUUGUCAGAAAGGCUGAUCAACUUUAUUUAGGAUAAUCAACUCUUUUGCCCAACUCUUCCUUAAGAAAAUUGACUUGAGACAUGUACAAUUACAAAUAAGUUGUAGUAAUCUUCUGAUAAACCACAGUUAGGCCAUUAACAUGACAUUGGCACAUUGGGCAUGUAGCAAAGUACUCUGCUUUCUGUAACCCCCUAUGCACAUCUAUACAUGUUUCAUUGCAGACUGUAAAACAUGGAGGUUUUCAGUGAAACGCACAGUUUCUGUGUUAUACGUGUAAAUGAUUCAUACCGAGGAGCAACAUCGCUUUCUCUGCCGCACUUUACCACUGUUUAUCGGUGGUCUUUGAAAAGAGGUAUAAAGUUUACAUUAGAUUUAAUUAUGUUGAAAGAUGGUAUGAAUAGCGAGACAGUUUGAUUAUAUUUGAUAAUAAGAGUAAUGAACACUGCACAUUUGCCACAACCACUGCUGCACACACUGAAGGUGUGCAUCCUGUAUUUAAAACAUUUUUUUUGUUUCCCCCAUUAUAAAAAUUGCGUUGACAAUGUUUUAACCAUGGUGAUGUGCUUUUAAUUGUGAACUUUGAAGUAAAAACAACAGAAUGUUCUUCAAUGUU